GUCACUACAGAUGGGAGUAAAGGGUCGGUGUCAGAAAUGGAAACUCCUGAGCUGUGGGAGCCUGGUCUUGGCUAAAGGAGACUGUCAGCCAGUAGCUAGGGAAGGAAUAGAGCACUUGUGACUAGAAGAAAUUAUGGGCCAAUUUCCUGGCACCCAAGACAGAGCUUCCUCAGGAGAUAGCUAACAGAUGAAGUCCAGGCAUGCCAAUGUCGAAAGGAAAGGGCACCCAGCCCAGGAAGGCAGAAUAAUGAAUAUUCACCAACAAGUAUCUGAUCAACAAAUGUCUGUGCCAAGUUGCACCCCUCGUUGUAGUCUGAGGUACUCUAGGAAGGUACAAUACCUACGCUCGCUGGCGACCAUCCUUUGGAAGGCACCGAGGGGCCAACUGCACGGCCACGAGGCAAGUGAUGUGGUAUAGGACUCAUCUAAAAGGGAAGUCCAGGGGCAACAAUCAGCUUGAGGUAAAGACCACAUAGCAGAAGAUGCAACAGCGACAUUAAAAAUGGCCAGACCUUGUCAGGACACUUCAGGCUGAGGUGUUUUCCUGUCUCCAUCUCCUGCAGCAGCAAAGGACCCCAGGGCAGAAGACAUGGGGAUGGUGACACUGGCACCUCUGGCUGACAUGUUGAAUACCCCACAGCUCAAUCCUGCAGCAGGCUCCCUUGUGAACCCCCUAGCUGCUCCUCUCAACCCACUGCUAUCUGGCCAAUUGCCCUUGUCGCAAAACAACCAGUUUGCCAAUUUUGUGCCAUGCCCCAUUAGCAACCAACUGACCAGUCCCAUUGCACUUCCCCCGGGGGUCACCUUGGCCAGCUCUCUGGGUUUACCCUCUACUGGACCCCUGAAUAGUCAAAUGACCAGCCCCAUGGCUGUUCCCCCGGGGACCACUCUGGCCAGUUCACUGGGUUUGAACUCAACUGGUUCCCUGACAACCAACAGCCGGUUGGUAGGCCCUCCGGCUGUAUCUCAGAGUGGCCCCAUCAUGGCUCCCCUGGCAGGCACAGUGGCAGUCUCUCUGAGUAGCCCCCUGGUCUCCUCCACUGCCCCUCUAGGUGUUUCUCAGAACAUACUGCCCAAUCCCAUAAACAACGUAGGGCUGUCAGAGGCGCCAAGGGUGCGGCUGACAGAGCCAACCCGAGGAAACCUCUCUGGAACCUCAGCAGGACCAGCUCCCGCCUCCAAAGUCAAUGAUGCCCGAGGUUCACGCGUGGCAGAACAGUCUCGGAAGAAUGCCCCAGAGACGGAGCGGAAGGCGACCUCCCGAAAGUCUAACAAGUUACCUGACAGCUGCCGAGACUCAAAACAACUAGCCCGUGAGAGGCUAGUAGGGGAGAUCGCCUUCCAGCUAGACCGAAGAAUCCUGUCCAGCAUCUUCCCAGAGCGUGUGCGUCUCUAUGGCUUCACUGUCUCCAACAUUCCAGAGAAGAUCAUCCAGGCCUCCCUAAACCCCAGUAGCCACAAGUUGGAUGAGGACCUAUGCCAGACACUCACACAGCGUUAUGUGAGCAUCAUGAACAGGCUGCAGAGCCUAGGCUACAAUGGACGGGUGCAUCCAGCACUGACAGAGCAGCUGGUGAACGCAUAUGGCAUCUUGCGUGAGAGGCCUGAGCUGGCAGCAUCUGAAGGUGGUACCUACAGUGUGGACUUCUUGCAGCGUGUGCUGGUGGAGACUGUGCACCCCAGCAUGCUCACCGACGCCCUCCUGCUGCUCUCCUGCCUCAACCAGCUGUCCCAUGAUGAUGGCAAGCCUAUGUUCAUCUGGUAACACCGGUGCCCGGCUGGCCCAGGCUCACUUCGCCCUGCAGGCCAUUAUGCAUGGCCAUUAAAGUUUCCCACAGACACUGA